AUGUCGAACAUACCGCAGACACCCAAUCCGCCUCCCGCCCCCCGAGCUUCUCGAGUCCUCGCUGCACUCGACAACCCAACUCUCCUAAGCACUCCGCCUGUUCGGCCUGCAGCCCCGGGUCAGUCUCUGAUCGAUUUCGCGCGGCAACAAUUUCCGGCAGUCAUUUCGAAGAGAGAAUUGGAGUUGGAUGGUGCUUCUGGAAGUGAUGAGAGUCGUAAGAGGAGAAGGCUGAGGGAUAAUCUUGCCGAGCUCAGAAGCAGGCAAUCUUCCGGUGCGUGGAGUGCUGCAAAUUUAAUAGAGAUGCAUAGGUUGCUUAGCGAAGUUCAUAUAACUGGCCCACGUCGUGAUUGCGUCAAUCUAGCAGACGUGCGACUGAUGUCGCAAGUCCCCAGUUCUCAACCCCGCGCAGGCGGUUCGAAGUCUCAAUUGGGUCAGGUACCGUCCGCCACUGGCACUUUUUCUCUGCGCUAUGACACAGAAAGCAACGUGCGCGCGAUUGACCGUGGCGGCACAGACCAAAACGCCAUAAUCGCCGAAUUCGUAUCCGACGCUAUAAACAAUGCGUCACACGGCGUCACCAUACGAGGAUCAAUGGAACAUCUUGGCCUUCGCAGUAAAAGAGAUCUCCUGCCUGGGAUGGAGGUCCGUCUGUUACCACAUCAAAUUAUUGGAGUCAGUUGGAUGGUUAACCAAGAACGAAAUAGCCCCCACAAGGGCGGCAUUCUUGCAGAUGAGAUGGGUCUUGGAAAGACCGUCCAAAUGAUUGCCACAAUGGCCAUGAACUUACCUGACGGGGCUGAUAGUUGCCGUACUACCCUUAUCGUGGUACCUGCUGCUCUGUUACUCCAAUGGAAGGAGGAAAUUGAGAAUAAGACAAACGGAAUGUUUAAUGUACACAUUCACCACGGGCGGGACAAGCUCAAGAGUGCUAAGGAUCUGAGUGACAUAGACGUCGUCAUCACGACGUAUCAGACCCUCAACCAGGAUUUUCCUAUGGAUGAUGUGGACGACUUGAAAGAGUUGCAGAUGUUACUUGACCAAAGGUGCGUCCGUGCAGCUGGAUAUGUCCCGCGGUCAUUCAGUGAUCCGACGAUCUUCGCAAAAAGUGGUGUUCUAGCUCGCCACAAGUGGUACAGAGUCGUCCUCGAUGAGGCGCAGUUCAUUCGGAACAGGGCAACGCGCUCGAGCGUGGCGGUUGCCAUGCUACGCUCGAAGUACCGAUGGUGUCUUACGGGCACGCCCAUUACAAACACUUUAGCUGAUAUCUACGGUUUCUUGCGCUUUGGACAUUUCCGCCCUUGGAACGACUGGGAUAGCUUCAACGCUCACAUUGCGCGAGUGCAGCUAGACGAUGCGCCACUUGCGGGUUUGCGCGCACAAGAAAUACUCAAGCCCAUCAUGAUGAGGCGUACCAAGGACGCUGAGCUUGAGGGUGAACCACUCUUGCAGCUUCCUGAAAAGAAUGUCGAGUUGGUGACAUUGGACUUCUCUGACGAGGAGAGAGAGCUCUAUGACAACUUCGAGAAGCGUGCACGUAUUCAGCUGAAUCGGUACAUCAAGAACAACACGAUUGUCAAGAACCAUACAGCGGUGCUCGUACUGAUCCUCCGAUUGCGCCAACUCUGCUGUCAUCCGAAUUUAAUCCUGAGUCUUGCCGAAGGCUUCGAGGAUCCUACGAUGCUUGUGGGGAGUGAGGCUGACAAGGAGGUGGCGCGCGCCACCAGGCUUUUGGGGCCAAAGUGGGUUACCGGGGUCAAGCAGAGGUUUAUGGAGCGUGCCAAGGCGUCGGAACUCGAUUUUGACGACGAGUCGGACAACCCGGAGCCGACAUGCCCCGUGUGCGGCGACUUAUUCAUGAACAAUAGCGGACGGCUUCUUGGAUGCGGGCACGAGAUAUGCUUCGAUUGCUUGGAAGUGCUCUCAGCUUCGCCUAUUGAGCACAAUGGUGAAUUCGGCAACGCUGACGAGCAAACUAAUAUUCGGAUUGAGAAGGAGUUUGAAACUGCUGCUGCCAAAGGCUUACGACCAUGCCCCACAUGCAAGAAGAUGAUGGAUCUCCGUCCUUCCAACGUCUUCUGUGCGUCAGCAUUUGAACCUUCCCCUGACGACGUCCGUAGCGCUGUACGCAAAAUUGCAAACGGACGUCGUCGGAUUACUCCAUCAAAUGCACUUAGGGCCGGUCGCGUUCACCCUCAGAAAGUCAGCCCUAGCCAGAAGGAAAUCGAGGAGAUGAUCGACCUCAGUUCGAGCGAGGACGAGGACUUGCCAGAUGUGUCGCAGUUGUUGUCAGGUUCGCCGUCUUCGAAACGCAAGGGUAAGAGUAAGGCAUCGUCGCCGGUGGGUAGCGAUGUCGACGACGACAUGGACGUUGAUCUCACCAUGGACGAGAUACGGGCGAAGCGCAAGGGUCUGCAGAAGGGCAAGGGGAGAGAGAAGGCACUGUUACAGAACCAGGACGACUCGGAGCAGCCACGCGAGAUGUCCGACCAGCUGAUCCAGACGUGGCGGCGGGGCGACAACAACUUGGAGCCGAGCACGAAGAUGCUCGCGCUCGUGCAGCAGCUACAGGAGUGGGACGCGACGGGCGAUAAGACGAUCGUGUUCUCUCAGUGGACCACGAUGCUCGAUCUGCUGGAGACCCUGUUUGCACGGUACGGGAUCCGUAGUCUGCGGUUCGACGGGAAGAUGAACCGGGAGGCGCGCGAGCUCGUACUCGCACAGUUUAGGAAAGCGGGCGGGAUCAGGAUCAUUCUCAUCAGGCAUGUCCUCUGCACCUGUGCCUUCACGCUGCGUGCUGAGCAGAUGCGGACGUGUAGCACCAAGUGCGGUGGAGUGGGGUUGAACCUUGUGUCCGCCAACCGUGUGAUCAAUAUGGAUCUUGCGUGGAACUUUGCUGCAGAGUCCCAGGCGUACGACCGACGUCUGGUCGUGCGCAACACGAUCGAAGAGCGAAUGCUGCGUCUGCAGGAGACGAAAGUCGGCCUUGCGGAAGCUGCCUUGGGUGAAGGCACUGGCAUUAAGCUCCACAAGCUCAGUGUGCGAGAAUUGCGAGACCUCUUCGGGAUGAACAAGCUGACCCAGGGAGGUCAUGGUCAGAAUCGAGACCCCAACCAAGCCAGGAUCACCGAUACAGAAUCCCACCCAGACUGA